AUGGCCUCGCUGGACCUGCCGUACCGCUGCCCCCGCUGCGGGGAGCACAAGCGCUUCCGGAGCCUGUCGUCCCUGCGCGCGCACCUGGAGUACAGCCACACGUACGAGACCCUGUACAUCCUCUCCAAGACCAACAGCAUCUGCGAGGGCGCGGCGGCGGCUGCGGCGGCCGCGGCCGCGGCCUCGGGCUUCCCGCUGGCGCCCGAGCCCGCCGCCCUGCUGGCCGUGCCCGGCGCCCGGCGCGAGGUGUUCGAGAGCACGUCCUUCCAGGGCAAGGAGCAGGCGCCCGCCGCGCCCCCGCUGCUGCACCACCACCUGCACCACGCGCCCCUCGCCCACUUCCCCGGCGACCUGGUGCCCGCCGGCCUGCCCUGCGAGGAGCUGGCGGAGCCCGGCCUGGUGCCCGCCGCCGCCGCCCGGUACGCGCUGCGCGAGAUCGAGAUCCCGCUCGGGGAGCUGUUCGCCCGCAAGUCCGUGGCCUCCUCCGCGUGCUCCACGCCGCCGCCCGGGCCCGCCAGCCCCUGUCCCGGGCCCGCCACCGCCUCGCCCGCUUCCCCCUCGCCCGCCGACGUGGCCUACGAGGAGGGCCUGGCGCGCCUCAAGAUCCGCGCGCUGGAGAAGCUGGAGGUGGACCGGCGGCUGGAGCGGCUGAGCGAGGAGGUGGAGCAGAAGAUCGCCGGGCAGGUGGGCCGCCUGCAGGCCGAGCUGGAGCGCAAGGCCGCCGAGCUGGAGACGGCGCGGCAGGAGAGCGCGCGGCUGGGGCGCGAGAAGGAGGAGCUGGAGGAGCGCGCGUCCGAGCUGUCGCGCCAGGUGGACGUGAGCGUGGAGCUGCUGGCCUCGCUCAAGCAGGACCUGGUGCACAAGGAGCAGGAGCUGAGCCGCAAGCAGCAGGAGGUGGUGCAGAUUGACCAGUUCCUGAAGGAGACUGCGGCCCGGGAGGCCAGCGCCAAGCUGCGGCUGCAGCAGUUCAUCGAGGAGCUCCUGGAGCGGGCGGACCGCGCCGAGCGGCAGCUGCAGGUCAUCAGCAGCAGCUGCGGCAGCACCCCGAGCGCCAGCCUGGGCCGCGGAGCCGGGCCCGGGCCCCGGGGCCCUGGCAGAGUGCGAGAACACCACGUGGGGAUGGCCAUGCCUAGCACAUACGCGGUGUCCCGGCAUGGCUCCUCUCCCAGCACAGGGGCCUCCAGCCGUGUCCCAGCCGCAUCCCAGAGCUCAGGCUGCUAUGACAGUGACAGUCUGGAGAUGCCCCGGGCAGAGGAAGGGGCCCCGGAGGACAGUGCCCCUGGGGGCGUGGGCCCGCGGGCCCAGGCUGCCAACGGCGGCUCGGAGCGGGCUCCGGCCCCUCGGAGCGCAGGCCUGCGGCGCCAGGCCAUUCAGAACUGGCAGCGCAGGCCCCGCCGGCACAGCACGGAGGGCGAGGAGGGCGACAUUUCGGACGUGGGCUCCCGAACCACCGAGUCAGAGGCCGAGGGCCCCGCGGACGUCCCCCGCGCCGGGCCUGCCGCGGCGGGGCCAGUAAGCAGCUGCCGGCUCUCAGCCCGCUCUGAGGGAGGCAGUGGGCGGGGUCGGCGAGCAGAGCGGGGCAGCCCCUCACGUUCCAACGAGGUCAUCAGCCCAGAGAUCCUGAAGAUGCGAGCCGCCCUGUUCUGCAUCUUCACCUACCUGGACACCCGCACGCUCCUGCACGCCGCCGAGGUCAGCCGCGACUGGCGCUUUGUGGCCCGCCACCCUGCCGUGUGGACGCGAGUGCUGCUCGAGAACGCCCGGGUCUGCUCCAAGUUCUUGGCGAUCCUGGCUCAGUGGUGCACCCAGGCCCACUCGCUGACCCUGCAGAACCUGAAGCCCCGGCAGCGGGGCAAGAAGGAGAGCAAGGAGGAGUACGCCCGGAGCACCCGGGGCUGUCUGGAAGCAGGGCUGGAGUCCCUGCUGAAGGCGGCGGGCGGCAACCUGCUGAUCCUGCGCAUCUCCCACUGCCCCAACAUCCUCACCGACCGCUCGCUCUGGCUGGCCAGCUGCUACUGCCGCGCUCUGCAGGCCGUCACCUACAGGAGCGCCACCGAUCCUGUUGGCCACGAGGUCAUUUGGGCCCUGGGUGCAGGCUGCAGAGAGAUAGUUUCCCUCCAGGUGGCGCCGCUUCACCCCUGCCAGCAGCCCUUGCGCUUCAGUAAUCGUUGCCUGCAGAUGAUCGGUCGCUGUUGGCCCCACCUCAGGGCCCUGGGUGUUGGGGGUGCCGGCUGUGGGGUGCAGGGCCUGGCAUCACUCGCAAGAAACUGCAUGAGGCUGCAGGUCCUGGAGCUGGACCACGUGUCGGAGAUCACCCAGGAGGUGGCGGCCGAGGUCUGCCGGGAAGGCCUGAAAGGACUGGAGAUGCUGGUGCUCACGGCCACCCCCGUCACUCCCAAAGCCCUGCUGCAUUUCAACAGCAUUUGCCGGAACCUCAAGUCCAUUGUGGUCCAGAUUGGGAUCGCUGAUUAUUUCAAAGAGCCCAGCAGUCCCGAGGCCCAGAAGCUGUUUGAAGACAUGGUGACUAAACUCCAGGCCCUGCGGCGGAGGCCCGGCUUCUCUAAGAUCCUGCACAUCAAGGUGGAAGGCGGCUGCUAA